CCACGAAGAUGUUGCAGCGGAAUUAUUACUGGCCGAACAUGGCCGAUGACGUGCGCACGUGCGUGUCCUCCUGCACUGCCUGCCAGAUUAUGAAAUCGUCGCAUCAGCGAGCAGCCGGACUACUACAGCCGUUGGAUCCGCCCGAGCGACCCUGGCAACAUGUCACGAUGGACUACGUGACAGGACUACCAGCCGGUCCCAGCGGAAACGACGCCAUCCUCGUGGUCGUUGACCGACUCAUGAAAAUGGCGCACUUCAUUGCCUGCCAACAGAUCAUCACUGCCGAACAAACCGCGCAACUGUUCCUCACGAACGUCAUCCGACUGCACGGACUGCCCUCCGCCAUCAUUUCAGACCGAGACCCGAAAUUCACAUCGAAUUUCUGGCGCCACCUGUGGGACCAAUUCGGCACCAAACUCCAAUUUUCAUCCGCCUACCACCCACAGACCGACGGGCAGACCGAACGCGUCAACCAGACCAUGGAGCAACUGAUUCGCACUACCUGUACUGAACCAUCGACAUGGGAGAAAUCCCUUCCGCUACUAGAAUUCACGUAUAAUAACGCGACCUCCGCCACAACCAACCAGUCCCCAUUCUUCCUCAACUACGGACAGGACCCAGUAGUACCCUCUACACCGACCAUCGAGUCGCCCGUGCCCCGGUCCCAGAAAUUUGCUGAAGACAUUCUCGCCGCUCGAGAAAAAGCAGCUGAGGCCAUCCGGAAAGCCAACCUAGUUGCAAGCCGACAAGCCGAUCGUCAUCGCCGUGACGUCACUUACAAAGUGGGAGAUCUAGUCCUCCUCGACACCCGCAAUCUGCGGCUGCCGAUCCCGAGCAAACUCCGACCCAAUUUCUGCGGACCUUUUCAAGGAAAUACAGACUUCGAGAAAAAGGCCUGCACCCCAGGCACAUAAGCAUGCCAUAACCCAGUGACAAGCUCCAUGGCUCCUACCAACGCGGGGGCUGAAUCUACUUUCCGAGGGAGUGCGCGAAGGCUUUAGGACUCCCAUCCGCCUCGAAACGGACCACUGUUCCGCCUCGCGACCAUCUCCCCUCCGCCACGCCGCGAUUCUCCCUGCCACCCCGAUGCAUAUCUCCUUCCGCCACGGCGCGUAUCUCACUUCCGCCAUGGCGCGUAUCUCCCUUCCGCCACAUCUCGCGUAUCUCCCUUCCGCCACGGCGCCAUUUCCCAACCUCCGGGCCGCCCAUCACCCUUCCGCCCUGGCACCCGCCUCAGUGCCACCCCUCCGCAUUUCUCCUAUCCGCCUCCACGCAUUUCAACCAUCCGCCUCGCCGCCCGUAUCCCUUCCGCCACGACGCCUUUCCAACUUCCGCCGUGACACGAUACUCCCUCCCGACUCGCCGCGACUAUCCCAACCGCCUCCCCAUGACGCUCAACCUUCCGCCUCGACGUCCUUCUCCCUUCCGCCUUGACGCCCCCCUCCCGCCCGCCACGACUCGUUUCUCCAGUCCGACGCGACGAGUUUCUCCCAUCCGCCUACACGCGAUUCUCCCUGCCGUACCUCCGCGUUUCCACCAUCCGCCUCACCGCCCUACUCCCUCCCGCCUCGCCGCCCUACUCCCUUCCGCCCCGCCGCCUCACUCCCUUCCUCCUCGACGCCCUACUCCCUUCCGCCGCGACGCCCUACUCCCUGCCGCCUCGACGCCCUACUCCCUUCCCCCUCGCUACCCUACUCGCUUCCGCCUCGACGCCCUACUCCCUUCCGCCUCAACGCCUUGUUUAGGUGCCCCUCAACACCGUCGACCUCAGGCCCGACGCACGUCACCCUUCUCAUCGUCGCCGCGCCCCACAAUUCCGCAACAGGACGAUAAACAAAGGGGGAGCAUCGCCGUCCGCCCUGACCCGCGCCGGCCGACUUCCAUCCCCACGACGCGUCCAAGCUGCCCCGCUCCCACGCUCCUCCAUCUCCACCCAUCCCGUCCUAUCUCCUCUCAUCUCCUCCCAUCCCGUCCCAUUCCCACCCAGCUCCUCCCAUCCCGGCCCAUCCCCACUCAGCUCCUCCCAUCCCGUCACAUCCCCACCCAGCUCCUCCCAUCCCGUCCCAUCCCCACUCAGCUCCUCCCAUCCCGUCCCAUCCCCACUCAGCUCCUCCCAUGCCGUCCCAUCCCUGCCCAGCUCCUCCCAUGCCGUCCCAUCCCCACUCAGCUCCUCCCAUCCCGUCCCAUCCCCGCCCAGCUCCUCCCAUCCCGUCCCAUCCCCACUCAGCUCCUCCCAUCCCGUCCCAUCCCCACUCAGCUCCUCCCAUGCCGUCCCAUCCCUGCCCAGCUCCUCCCAUGCCGUCCCAUCCCCACUCAGCUCCUCCCAUCCCGUCCCAUCCCCGCCCAGCUCCUCCCAUCCCGUCCCAUCCCCACUCAGCUCCUCCCAUCCCGUCCCAUCCCCACUCAGCUCCUCCCAUCCCGCACCAUCCCCACUCAUCUGCUGAAACAUCCCGUCCAUUCUCCCGCCAUCUCCACCCACCUCCACCCAUCUCCUCCUCCUAUCCCAUCCUAUCUCCUCCCUCCUCCUCCCAACCCGUCCUAUCCCCGUGCAUCUCGGCCCAUCUGUCCCAUCUUCGCCCGUAACUCAGGCGCUGCUCAAGUGCCGGCAUGGAAAACAGGAACGGGUCAAGGGUGCCAGUGGUUGGGGCCGUUUGUCAACAAGUGAGGCACCUAGGGAUAAAUAGCAGCCUGAGAGAUACAGUCACAGGAACUUAGAUAGCCAUAGGAAAAGAGAGAGAGAACCUCCAUCUGAUACACAGAUAGCUACAUAAUACUGUGUAGGGCCAUGCCCUUCUGAUGCCAGGGGUUUGGAUUGUAAUGUAUAAGGACAAGCAU